UCGAAACUUGUUAUUGACGGAUUUUUCCUACUAUUGUCUCGUAACGAGUUACCGUCCUGCUGCCUAGCUUCACUUAUCGGCGCCACACAACUCAUCGCCUUCUUACGCCAUCACGAACGACAACGAAAACCACGAACUCACAAUGUCUUUCAAGCGGGUCUUCGAAAGGAACAUCAACGGGGAACUACAGCGAGCUGCUGGCAGCCGAGCAUCAAACGACGACACCGCCGACACAAACACAAAGCAUACUCGAACCAAAUCACCCGAAGACAACGAAGACUACUACGACCCCACCAAAGAACAAGACGCCGAGCUCAGCGAAAAAGGACAAAAGCCCCCUCGCUUUUCGACAGUCUUCACGACCAGCAAUCCCCCAGCGCCAACCCCACCUCGCACCAUCUACCCCGACACCCACGCCCCGCAGCGCAAAAGCGGCGUCUUCCUCCCAACCCCCCUCUUCCUCCUCCUCGCCGCCCUCCUCUUCCUCGAAAGCACAGCCCUCUUCGCCUACACAAUCAUAGGCCUGUACAACAACCGCCCCUACGGCCUAUUCAAUCUCGCACCCGGCUCGCCUUCAUUCCCCAACACCUGCACGCCUGGAGGAGUCAACAUAAUCAUGCCUCAGGCACUGCCUACAGUCACAGUCACAGCAAACGCCAACGACGGCCACGCCUUCCAAACAGCCGGUGCGAUUUCUACACUCACGACGUCAACGUCAUCGAGUACGACUUCCCCUUCUCCGACGAGCACGCUGGUCGUGACGUUCACGCCUAAGCCGGUUAUUGCGACGAGUAAUGUUUUCGUCACCGUCGCGCCGGGCGGGGAGACGAUUUCGCCAAAGGGCCAGGCCACGUCUACGAAGUCUGGGAAGUAAGGUCGUUUCUUCUCGAGAUGGGAGAUGGAGGGUGGUGCGAGGAAUAUGCAUGCGGGGUUGGAAGGGUGGAGAUACGUCGAUAUCUUGCUUGAAUGAUGUAUGAUGCGAGUCACACCCGGUAUCCUGUACACUGCAGUCGUUCAUACCCAAAAAGCGCCCAUCAGUCGGAUCAACGUGACCUCAUUCGCUCCCCAAACG